AAGCGAUUGGCAGACUCAAGAUGGCGCAAAUCGAACGCCAAGAUGACAAUAAAUAGAAUUUUAAGCACUUGAAUGUUGGAUGUUCGCUUCCAUAAGCGCAUUAAAAUACACUUGAAAGCUACAAUAAUAUGCAAUUUUAAUAAUUAAUGGGGGAUUUCGCCUUCUGUAAUGGCUAAAAACCGUUGAACUUUUUGUAAAGACUUUAUAGGCUGACUGUGCCAGAGCCACUUACGACUUACGGAAAGUUACGGUAGGCCUACCACUUAGUAAGUAGUACUUAGGCAGGUGCAUUAUUAUCACUAUUUUAUUAUAAUAAAUUAAAAAUCAUCCUCUGUUUUUGUUUAAAACCUAAAAGAAAUAGUGAUGAUUGAUUAUUAUUAAUAAUAAGAAAUAAUUUGUUUAAUAAUUCAAAAACUUGUUGCCGUUAUGCCAAUAUUUUAAUGGCAAUGGCUCUGUUUUGACUUUAUGAUAAAGUUUAUGGCCCAAGGCAUCUCUUAUAUAUUGAUAUAUAUAUUACGCUCGUGGUGUAACUGAUACCAUUUCUGUAUAUCGCGCAAAAUAUAAUUUAAGAUAACUACGCUAAAUGACUCUUUAAAAAAAUGAAGCAAUUGCAUUUGGCGUAAUAUUUUCUUUUUAGAAAAAUAAAUUUGUUCAAUUUAAAUAUGGCAUAAUAAAUAUUCAAUAAUCAGUUUAAAAGUGGUUGGGACAUCAGAAAUUAAUAUAGUUCAUGGACGUGAAAAAAAAGGUGUGUGGUGACGUAUCAUGUAAGGAAAAGGUGUAGCAAAAAUUGGGAUUCUUAAAUUUCCAUUACUUGAGUUCAUGUUUUGUCAAGUAACUUAUGUAGAUGGGAAGUUCAGGCAUUGCUGUUGUCAAUGUUUGGUGAGCUAUAAAUGGUAUUAAUAUAAUUAUUAAAAUUAGUGAAAAGAGUUGCCCCAGAGUUUUAUUAGUUGUAACAUUAACAUGUUUAAUGUUUAAAUUAUUUAUUAGAAAAUGUCAUAGAAUUAAUCAAACAAGCAAAAAAAAACUAUUCAUAAUUUUCACAUUAUUAUAGUUAUAUACAACUAUUUAGGCCCAUUUCAAAUCAAGGCUAAAUAAAAAAAAAGCGAUUGCCAAAAUGGAGGUGAUGCCUCGACUGAAUUCUGCUUCUUUGGUAACCAAAGAACAAAUGGCUGAAAAUCAAGAUGAAAAUAUCACUUCACUUAAAUCUUUAACUGAAACUAAAAAUGAAGGAAGUGAAAUAACUAAAAUCAAAGAAUGGGGGACUUUUGUCUGGCCAAAUGGAUCAAAGUACGAAGGAGAAUAUUGUAAUAAUGCUCGCCAUGGAAAAGGUGACUAUGACUUUCCUUUUAAAACUUUAUUGUUAGAAAGAAAGGGUUACUAUACUUUCAAAACUUUUUGUAAUAGAGGAAAAAAUACAAGAAACAAAACCAAGUUGAAAUAUCCUCCACCUCUCAUCUUUUUUGUUCAAUUGAAUGGGAUUUAAUUCUUUUUUUUUUUUAAAUCUUGUUUUGGUUUCUACCCCCCCCCCCCCCACUCCCUCUAGUGUUAGCAGAUAUUCUAUUAAGAAUUUUAGUAAUGAUUAUUGCUGUAUUGGUAGGGAUGCUCAAAAUAAUAUUUAAUUUUAUCAAAAUAUUUGAAAAAUAAAAUUAUUGCAACCUCUCAUUGUUCAGGGAGGCAGACAUGGAGUGAUGGUAGUUUCUACAAUGGAGAGUUUGAAAAUGAUUUGAGACAUGGAGUAGGUUCCAUUAGUUGGUCUAAUGGAGAGGUGAGUGUAACAUUCCAGUAUUAAUAAGCCAAAUAAAUUACCUUCAAUAAUGAAUUAUUUUAUGAGUGUGUGCUAAACCUGUAGUAUAAUCCAUUUAAGCGACUUGUUCAAAAUAAUUUAAUACCCUUUAGAAAAAUAAUUUUCAAUUUUCUUUAGAAAAAUAAUUGUGUAGGGGUGGAAGUAUUUUAAUAAAUCCAUACAUUAAAACAUGCUAAAUUUCUUGAUUUUGCAUAUUAAAAGUAAUGAAUACAAAUAACUUUUAGAAAUUUUAAAUUUAAUUUAACUUUCAUUAAGCAUUAUUAUAAGCACCAAAAAUGACAGGUGAAAGCUACAAAUAAAUUAGCUAGUUAUUUCUGUGACAUAAUUGUUGAAUUAAUCUCGUGUCAGAUUGUAGAUACAUUCAUCACACACAAUUGAAAACACAGAUGAAUGCAAAUGGUGCACAUACAUUUCUGUUAGACGUACACACAUUACAAUCCUACAUGUAAAGAAAAAUGUUUUUAUGUAAAAUUGACCGGUGACAAUAUGAAAUCGAGACAUAAUGUAUUCAUAAAUUGUGUACCUAGUCAAACUUUGAUUGAUGAAAAUUCUUGAUGAGCUUAACUUGUCUGCCGAAUACCAACCUUCAUGUCACUGGGAUGAAUGUAAAAAUUACCUCAAAGUACAGUGACAAAGCUCAUGUCAAGAUAGAAUUAUAAUAAUGUGAAUUUUAUCUUGGAAUUGUUUGUCAGAAGAAGCCCACAAAGUUUUUUAUAACAUCAUAAGAAUAUGAAUUAACCAAUAUAAUUUUAGGCCAUUAAUGUUGAUACUCUUUGAUAAUUAUGGAUUUUUUAAUUUAAAUUAAUUCGAAAUAACAAUUGACUGCCAUCAGUUAAUGAAGGUGAUUAAAUAAAGCACAUUCAAAUCUGAAUAAGGAUGAGAGAAAACAGUCCAGAUGCAAUAGGAAAGAAACAACAUGAAAGAAGAAAUGAGAGACAAAUAAACAUGGGCCAGCUGUGCUGUUUUGUUAUGAUUGUUGAGGAUUGACUUUACUCCCAAUUUUACCCACCUUGUAAUUUCUUGGUUCUGAAACACAUCAAAACAACUUGUCAGUAAAAUAAUAGUGAAGAUUUAUUACAUCUGAUUAGUCAGCAUGCACCAAGAGGAAUUAAAUUCUUCUCACUCUUUUUAAAAAAGAAAAAAAAAAAAGCUUUACGAAUCUUGAGCAUACGCGUCCUAUUGGGCUUUUCUGUUUUCAGAAUUAUGAAGGAGAGUUCUUCAAAGAUCGUCGACAUGGCAAGGGAACUUAUAAGUGGCCAAAUGGAUCAGUUUUCCAAGGAACAUUUUAUAUGGAUAAAAAGGAGGGAUAUGGACAUUUCAGCUUUUUUAAUGGUGAUAUUUUUCAGGUAAUUAUUUUCUAAUGACGUAAGACAGUAGGCCUACCCAUCAGUUGUACACAUAAGUAUAUGAAAACUAUAAAAACAUUACCACCCAUCCAUAAAGAGGUUAACUAACCUCCCAUCCAGACAUAAGAUUUUUGCUGUCAAAAUGUCUUGAACUCAACAAUAUAAAUUGCACAACAUCAGUGAUACCCAGUUUUCAUGGCAUCCAAUGUCAACUUUUCCAGCAAAUUCUCACAAUUUGUUUAAUUUAGGAGAUCCAUUUAAGACAUUCAUUGAGUUGCACAAGUUAUUUAAUUUAGUAGAUGCAUUUAAGACAUUCAUUCAGUAGCACAAGUUGUUUAAUUUAGUAGAUGCAUUUAAGACAUUCAUUCAGUUGCACAAGUUGUUUAAUUUAGUAGAUGCAUUUAAGACAUUCAUUCAGUUGCACAAGUUGUUUAAUACAUCAUGCACCAAAAGUAACAGAGCAGAAACUCUUGCAUCUUAAAUCUCAUACGCGUUUGUUAACAGUGCAUUACUCCAAAUGUCAAUUAUUCCUCACACUAAAAAAGAAGAUAUGUUGGGCAGUUGUAGCUGGAAACUGGUCUCUUGAUGGAGGAAAAAAUAUUCAUUGUUUACCAUUAUUUUCGCUCAUGCUUAAAGAUCGUGAAUGGGAUUCGCUUUCGAUAAAGGUGGCCGAUCAAUUUCGAGAGAGAUUUAAUAGGAUGGCACACCAUUUAAACAUGGCUGUGCUAACUGCUGUUAUGACAUUUCACCAUUCUGGAAAGGGCUCUGUGAAUGGAAGGCAAAGAGUCUGGUCAAGAUGCUAGAGUUUCAGUUCUUAUUUUUGGUGCACGCUGUACUUUGCCAGUUAAGAAUGAAAAUGUGAAUUCAUAGUAAUUAAAAAAUGAGUUUCUGCUUUCAUAAAUUCCGCUUUCAUACUCCCUGCUUUCAUACUUUCUGGCUAUAUUCUUAUUGCUCAGUCCAAUGCUUAGUGCAGUUUUCAAUGCUCACCAACUCUUAAUUUGCCACUUGAAGUUCUUAAACCAUAGGUUGGCAAUGCAUUAGCUAGUUCUUUUAACACAGUAUUGAGAUAUUUGUAAAAAAACUCUCUGUCACCCUAGACUCUCUUGUUACUCAUGACUCUUAGUUAGUCCAUACAUGCUAUCAGUUAACCCAGGCUCAGUUAACCCAGACUCAGUUACCCCAGUCUCAUUUACCCCAGAAUCAUUUUACCCCAGACUCAGUUACCCUUGAUUCAGUUACCCCAGAAUCAGUUACUUCAGAUUCAGUUACCCCAGACUCAUUUAACCCAGAAUCAGUUACCCCAGACUCAGUUAACUCAGACUCAGUUACCCCAGACUCAGAUAACCCAGACUGAGUUACCCCAGAAUCAUUUUACCCCAGAAUCAUUUUACCCCAAAAUCAUUUUACCCCAGAAUCAUUUUACCCCAGACUCAGUUACUCUAGACUCAUUUUACCUCAGACUCAGUUACCCUAGACUCAUUUUACCUCAGAAUCAGUUACUCUAAACUCAUUUUAUCCCAGACUCAGUUCCCUUUGAAUCUCAGUUGCCCCAGACUCAGUUACCCCAGACUCGGUUACCCCAGAAUCAGUACCCCAGACUCAGUUAACCCAGACUCAGUUGACCCAGACUCAUUUUACUCCUGAAUAAGUUUCCCUUGAAUCUAAGUUACCCCAGACUCAGUUACCUCUGACUCAGUUACCCCAGAAUCAUUUACCCCAGAAUCAUUUUACCCCAGAAUCAUUUUACCCCAGACUCAGUUAUUCUAGACUUAUUUUACCCCAGACUCACUUACCCCAGACUCAAUUUCCCCUGACUCUCAGUUACCUUACACAAUUAGUUACCUAGACCCUGACAACCAAGCUUUCUGUUACAUCUUGCGAGUACUUCAUUUUGUUUCUCAAACAAAUUUCCCAGGGCCUCUACAAGGAAGAUGAAAGGGAGGGGCCGGGGGUCGUUACUUACAGCACUGGUCAGCAAGACGUCGGACUGUGGCUUGGAGAAAAGCUCAUCAAGAUAUGCUCUCCUAUCAAAGACGCUUUCUCUCUUAAGUCUCAGGCAGAAAUGGAUUACGAGGAAGAACAAGCAGUCACUUACCUCGACACAAGCUCGGAACAUCAUCCCUUCUCUGUCAUAGAGAAUAUUCUCCAUCCCAUCCCUGCCCUGGAUUAUCCCCCCAAAAUUGAUCUGACACAGCGCAUCGACGAGCUGUACAGUGAAGUCUUGGAUUACAGAAGUCUUGCCGUCAAUCGUCGAGCGUUUGAUCAAGCAUUUUUCAGAAACUUUCCCCAACGCCCAGAACCUCAGGACAAGGUGGUGGCUUGGAAUGCGACGCCUAGAAUGAUGGCUCUGCAGAAACAUGUUCAGAAAAACAUGUGUGGGACAACUGGGUCUGGGUUUGAUGUGGAUGCAGUGAUUAGGAUGGACAGGGGUGUUUUCAAGGAGGAAGGUCUGUUGGAGUUGCAGUCUCGGGAGCUUAUUGUUGCCGCAGGGUCUGGGGAUGCAAGAAAGGUUGAAGUUUUGCUGUCUUCAGGGAAAGUGAGUCCUGAUGUGGCUGACAGAAAUGGUCACACCGCUCUGAUUGGUGCAUCUGUAAGUUGUGCUUUUGGAUUUAAAAAUGCUAUAAAGUUAGAAUCAUAAGAUUGUGUUUAUUUGACUGAGAUGAAGGUGGAAACUAUUUAAUUUGCUUCCCUGUAAGAAAAAUAGAUGGUUAAAAAAAAGUUUGGAGUUACAUCAUAUUUUUAUUAGGCCUUAGCGGUGGAGCUACAGCAUUUUUUUAUUGGGCCUUAGGGGUGGAGCUAUAGCAUAUUUUUUAUUAGCCUUUAGGGCAAACACUGAAAAAUUAAGAACCACAAUAUUCUCAAAAUUGAUUGAAAUUGUAUGAGAUCAGAUUUUGACAUUGUAAAUUUCAUAGAAGAAUUAACUGACUGGACUGAUAUUGCCCUAGAUUUCAUUCACAUAUGAACAUUGUGUUGGUAUGGCUUAGUUGUUAAUCAAUACCACAAAAGUAGUUUGCAAAAUGUAAUAUUUUUCCUUUAAAAUAGUAAAAUUUAUUUCCCAAUAUUCUCAAAUGCUCUGUGCAGCUGUGUGGUCAGGGCCAACAAAAUAACUAUAAUUUUCAUUAACUUCAAUUUGAAAAGUUUAAAAGUAGAUAGGUAUUUAACCAUCAGUUGGUGAAUAGUUAAGUUCAUUAUCCAAUCUUGAAGCUUUUGCUUGUAAUAAUUGUAGACAUUUACAAUAUAUAGUUUAACAAAAUUUAAUUUGUAACGUCUGCUCAAUUGCCUUGAUCACAGGUCAACUGGCACACUGAUGUCAUCAAUAUCCUCCUUAACCAUGGAGCAGAUGUCAACAAGCUUAACAAUGAAGGCUGCUCAGCUCUGGCUGCGGGGACCAUCUUCUACUACCCACCUGAAGGCUUUCUCUAUAACAUAGCUGAGAGAUACAUGGGCCAAAUCCAAGAAAGCCUCGCCACCGAUCUCAAACAGGAAGUUCAGCUCAAAAGCAACUUAGCCAAUGAAAGAGAAAGAAGGGCCAGCAGGAUCAACCAAAUAAAUCGUGUUCGCUCAAAAUCUCUUACCACAAAAUCAGUCUCCAUUGCUGAGCCAACAGCCGACAGGGACAAAUCUUUAAAUCAUAACACCUCAAAUAUGGAUGACCCAGUUACUGGGGUAAAAUCCCUGGGUGAUGACGCUGACGAGGAUGCAGAUUCUGCUUAUGGGGGUGAUGUAGAAGGUCAGCUGGAAGACUUUGGUCAUGAUGAUGAAGACCCCGUCCACAACCCUGACCCAGAAGACUUUGACUCAAACCAGAGCAUAGCAAAUUACCAGAUAGAAGUUUCUGAGCAGCUAGUCGAGAGAUGCGCAACCCAGUUGAGCCAGAAUGAAAGAGUUUGGAGUCGAGAGGUGUCUGAAGUUGGUGACGGGAAAGCUAGACGACUUGCCAUCCAGAUAAGGCAGUAAGAUGUUUUUAACCUAAGGGGAACAUAUCAGUUUUCUUUUUUUUUUUGUGUGAAUUAGUCAGAUUUUAGAGAUCAACCAGGUUUGUGAGAUCCAGCCAGGUUUUUGUCUUUUUUAAACCUUAAAAUGAUCCAUUUUUUAUAUUGCCAGAUACACAUGGUUAAAUUUUAUUAGGAUUAGGGAUUUGUCUCUCUCCAUGUGGGGAUUAUUGUAUUGAGCCCUCUCCAGAGGGUAAGGAUGAUAUAUUGAUUACCCCACUCCAAAGGGUAAGGAUGAUAUAAUUGAUUGCCCCACUCCAAGGGCUAAGAAUGAUAUAUUGAUUAUCCCACUCCAAGGGGAAAGGAUGAUAUAUUGAUUAUCCCACUCCAAGGUUUAGAGAUGAAAUAUUGAUUAUUCCUCUCCAAUGGGUAAGAAUAAUAUGUUGAUUACCCCACUCUAAAGGGGAAGGAUAAUAUAUUGAUUAUCAUACUCCAAGGAGUAAGGAGGAUAUAUUGAUUACCCCUUUCAAAAGAAAGGAAGAAAAUUAUUUUUUUUAAAUAAAAAUUAUCAAGUAAAUGCAUUUUUUUUGUCAAGUUUGAAGAAAAACUUAAUUUUACAUGUUAGGUUAUUUGUUGUUUCUAUGCACUUACUUAUCAAGUGAGUUUUAAAAUGCUUUUGUGUAAAUCAUAUCCAUAAAGAUGAUAAUGUGUUGUUGGAUUUAUGGAAUCUGAAUCGGUACAAUUUCUAUAUUUCCAAGUAAUAAAAAAAAAUUACUCUAAUCUGUAAAUUGUCCACUUCACAAAGGAAUGAAAAGAUGAAGGAUACUUUGGAUCUCCUUCUGAGGAGAGGUGCUGACCCCAAUGCAUCUUCCGUCCCAAUGCCAGUUCUAUUCUUUGCCAUCAAGUCGGCAGAUGUUGAAAUGGUCAAACAAUUUCUAAUUAAAGGAGCUCAACCAAACACACGACUCAGCAGAGCUGUAAGUAAAUGUGGAAGAGAUUCAAUCAGUUGUGUGCUACUUUCAGUCUCAUACAAUCAGCUGUUUGCUACCUUCAGUCUCAUACAAUCAGCUGUUUGCUACUUUCAGUCUCAUACAAUCGGUUGUUUGCUACCUUCAGUCUCAUACAAUCAAUUGUUUGCUACCUUCAGUCUCAUACAAUCUGUUGUUUGCUACCUUCAGUCUCAUACAAUCAAUUGUUUGCUACCUUCAGUCUCAUACAAUCUGUUGUUUGCUACCUUCAGUCUCAUACAAUCAAUUGUUUGCUACCUUCAGUCUCAUACAAUCAGUUGUUUGCUACCUUCAGUCUCAUACAAUCAGCUGUUUGCUACCUUCAGUCUCAUACAAUCAAUUGUUUGCUACCUUCAGUCUCAUACAAUCAAUUGUUUGCUACCUUCAGUCUCAUACAAUCAGCUGUUUGCUACCUUCAGUCUCAUACAAUCAAUUGUUUGCUACCUUCAGUCUCAUACAAUCAAUUGUUUGCUACCUUCAGUCUCAUACAAUCAGCUGUUUUUUACCUUCAGUCUCAUACAAUCAGCUGUUUGCUACCUUCAGUCUCAUACAAUCAAUUGUUUGCUACCAUCAGUCUCAUACAAUCAGCUGUUUGCUACCUUCAGUCUCAUACAAUCAGUUGUUUGCUACCUUCAGUCUCAUACAAUCAGUUGUUUGCUACCUUCAGUCUCAUACAAUCUGUUGUUUGCUACCUUCAGUCUCAUACAAUCUGUUGUUUGCUACCUUCAGUCUCAUACAAUCUGUUGUUUGCUACCUUCAGUCUCAUACAAUCAAUUGUUUGCUACCUUCAGUCUCAUACAAUCAAUUGUUUGCUACCUUCAGUCUCAUACAAUCAAUUGUUUGCUACCUUCAGUCUCAUACAAUCAAUUGUUUGCUACCUUCAGUCUCAUACAAUCAGCUGUUUGCUACCUUCAGUCUCAUACAAUCAAUUGUUUGCUACCUUCAGUCUCAUACAAUCAGCUGUUUGCUACCUUCAGUCUCAUACAAUCUGUUGUUUGCUACCUUCAGUCUCAUACAAUCAAUUGUUUGCUACCUUCAGUCUCAUACAAUCUGUUGUUUGCUACCUUCAGUCUCAUACAAUCAAUUGUUUGCUACCUUCAGUCUCAUACAAUCUGUUGUUUGCUACCUUCAGUCUCAUACAAUCAGCUGUUUGCUACCUUCAGUCUCAUACAAUCGGUUGUUUGCUACCUUCAGUCUCAUACAAUCAAUUGUUUGCUACCUUCAGUCUCAUACAAUUACUGCAUGUUAUAUUUUGUCCUAUUAACUUAUGCAUUUUAUUUUCAAUCAUACAAUUAUUGACUUUGGCAUUGGUUACAAAACGUCAGUUACACUUAAAAUUUGAUAGAUUUAGUAAUAAAUGACUGAGAAAUGAAUGACUAAGAUAUGAAUAACUGAGAAAUGAAUGACUAAGGUAUGAAUAACUGAGAAAUGAAUGACUAAGAUAUGAAUAACUGAGAAAUGAAUGAAUGAGAAAUGGAUGACUGAGAAUGAUCCAUCAUCAUUAGAUUUAACAAAUAGAUUGAUGCAAUGUUAUUUGUUACAGAGGGGAGGUCUGUGUCCACUACACAUAGCAUGUGCCAUCCCAGGGGAGGAAGGUGUCGAGAUGACUGAACUGCUGUUGGAUGCGCUAGCUGACCCCGAUGCAAGGGCUUAUGAGGAUGAUUCUUUUUUAAAUAGAAAUUUGGUAGGCCCCUUAUUUUACUAAACAUUAGAUUAAGUAGACCUUAACAUUUUGUUCAGGUAGGCCCAUUUAUUUUACUAAGAUUUUAUAUUUGUAGGCCCCUUAUUUUACUAAACAUAUUAGAUUAGCUAGGCCCAUUGUUUUAUCAAUAAUUAUAUAUUUUAUAUACACAGUAUUUAAACUUGUAGGAUGCUAUAGGCAAAUAUAAAAAAUAUCUUGUCAAAAUGCUAUCAGGAAGAUGAGUGGUCGAAAGAUCCCAUAUCCGACGAGUCUAAGAAGCUGCUUGGAGGACGAACAGCUCUGCAGAUAGCAUGUGCCAGAGAUGAUAAUUACAAGGCAAGUUUGUUUAAUUCCCUUGGUUAAAUAUGGGCUGUCUUUUCUGUUACUGUUAUCUUUUGUUAUCAAAUGUUAGCUGUCACUGUUCAAUAUCAAAUGUCAGCUGUCAUUGCUCAUAACAAAAAUAUAUCAACUGUCAUUAUCCAUAAACAAAAUAUAACCAAAAAUGCAAGGUCAAACUUAAAUUUCUUUAAUACUUAACUUAUGAAAAUUUUAAUUUUGUACUUUCAGCAUUCCAGCAGAGUUGUCAGACUUUUACUGGAGCACAAAGCAGAUACAAACUUAAUCUGCAAUGGCUUCUCUCCCCUAGCCCUUGCCAUAGCUAGUGGCAAUGACAUGGUAAGUCACAUUUUAUACUGCCUGCCAUAUCUAGGGGCAAAAAUUUGUCAGUUACAUCCUAUACUGCCUGCUUUGUGUUGCAAAAUAUUGUGUUUCCCAUAUUAAUUUUGUGUGGGCAUGAUACAGUGCUUCUCAAAUUGUAAUGUGUAUUUGACUGACAGGAUUUUAUUGGAUUUAUUUCAACUUGCUUUUCAAUUUUUUUUAAUUGCUUAAACUUAAAUUCUUGGAGGUUAAUUUCAGCAUAUAUUAAUAAUGAUUUAGGUCUUAUUUUAAUUAAUUUUAGGAGGUUGCUGUUUAUUUCAAUGUGGUUUUUUUUUUUGGGGGGGUGGGGUGAAUUUUGCUCAAGACUUUUUCAGCUUAAAUUUGAAAAAUGCAUAUUUUAUGAAACAUAUUUUUAUGCAUAUCUGAGAGUUUAAAAAAAAAAAUGUAAACAAAAAAGAUAUAUAUGAUUUGGAUAAUAUAUAAUAUAUGAUUUGGAAGCUAUUUAAUUUAUAAUUUUAAAAUAUUUAAUUUAUGAUUUAGAAAAAAUUUAAUAUAUGAUUUGGAAGCUAUUUAAUUUAUGAUUUAGAAAAUAUUUAAUAUAUGAUUUGGAAGCUAUUUAAGGCCUGUGAUUCUACCAUCUUUAUUUUUCCUUUCUGAACAGGCCAUUGAUGAGCUUCUUCAGUUUGGUGCUGAACCUAGCUUACCUUUGACCCAUGGUGUGGGCAGUGCCCUGUGUGUGGCCAGCAGCACAGAAUAUGAACAGAGGAGAAGUAUACAGGCCAGGGAGCAGUUGGUAUGUGAUUUAGUCAGAGAGAGAGCAGCUUGUAUGUGAUUGACUCAGAGAGCAGCUUGUAUGCGAUUGAUUAUACAGAACUAAUAAUACUAACAAGGCCGAAAAACGAAAUGAUGUUAUAGUUAUAGUAAUUAAUAGUAAAUAAAAUAUACUAAUAUAUACAAAAUACUAGACAUACCUAUUAUGAAAAUAAUAUGACCAUGGUUAUGACCAUUUAAUUUUAAGAUGUGAGUCAAGUAUUUUGUGUGCUUGUUUGUUAUAUUCUGUAUGUUAAGUGUCCAAGAAUGUGAUGGGUGAAUUGUCUUGUAAUAUGUAAAGCUGUACCUCUCAUGUGAACAAAGAGAAACAUUAAAAUAAUAACUGUAAGAUGGUAAACACAUUGACAAUGCCUGAACAAUUCCUUGACAAGAUAUGGGGAACAAUGUUCACAACUCCUUGACAAUAUAUGGGGGCUAUGUUCAAAAGACCUUGACUUUAUAUGGGGGACUGCCUUCACAACACCUUGACAAUAUAUGGGGGACUGCCUUCACAACUCCUUGGCAACAUAUGGGGGACUGCCUUCACAAAACAUUGACAAUAUAUGGGGGCUGUGUUCAAAACACCUUGACAUUAUAUGGGGGACUGCCUUCAAAACUCAUUUACAAUACAUGGGGGACUGCCUUCUCAACACCUUGACAAUAUAUGGGGACUGUAUUCCAAACACCUUGACAAUAUAUGGGGAACUGCCUUCACAACACCUUUACAAUAUAUGGAGGCUGUGUUCAAAAAACCUUGACAACACCAAUUUGAGAUAUUCAAUUGCAAAAUAUUUAAUCAAAACUGUUUCAACAGGUAUAUAAACUGAUCAAUGCAGGAGCUGAUGUCCUCGCCCCCAUUCCUAUUGGUCCAAAGAGGAUUCUGGGAACUGCAGUGGACUACGCUUAUUAUAUGUUUAAUCAGGUGAUCUAAGAACACAGGGAUCAAUUUAUAAGUCUAUCAUUUUUACAAUCAGUGUUAGGUAAAUGGUCUCAUACAUUUUUUAAUACCCUAUGAACUAUUAAGUCUCGGCUGUUUUCCUAAAUAAUUAUUGAUUAUUAAAUUAAACUUAAAUGAGUUUUAACAAAAUUUUCAGACUACUUCUCUAAAGUCAGGCCUUGUAAUAUCACUCUUUUAAGCUAAAACUAAAAGGUUUAAGAACGUAUGACAUAAACUCCUCAAUCUAGCUGAUCACCAUUAUUCUCACCAUGAUUGGACUCUUCUUCUUCUUUUCACAAAAAUAGUUUUCAACAUACAGUAAUUACUCUUGUGAAGCUGAGGCUAGAUAAAUUUGAUCCUGGUUCCGGUUUCUAAAAAUUUUUAGAUGUGAAACUUCAUAUAAACUAAUUACAGUAUUUAAGAAUUUUUUACACAAACUCAUUGAACUGCAUGCGGUCUUGAAGUAACGUCUCAGUUGAGCUGGUUGUUUUCAGUCUUGUUCUUGACGUUCUGCCUUACAUUUUCUUGUAUGCUCUCCAGGGGCUGUAUUACCUUUGUGAUUUUUGAAUUUAGUAAUUUAUUUAGAGCAACACUAUUAUGAUCAUGAUGGAUUUUUAAAAAAAAUUCAUUUAUAGAGAAGUUAGGGCAUGUUGACAAAAUAUCCUCUGUUUUGAUGGAACUCAUUUCUCUGGUUACUUCCUAAUCAAGUCACUGCUUCAUGAUGUCAUGCUAAUGACUCAUCAUGAUGUUAUAGAAAUGUCUCUUCCUGACAUCAUGCUAAUGUCUCUUCAUGGCAUCAUGCUAAUGUCUCUUCAUGACAUCAUGCUAAUAUCUAUCCAUGAUGUCAUGACAAAGUCUCAUGAUGUUAUGACAGUCAAGAAUUUUAAGUUGAGUUUUUAUGACUACUUAAUUCCUUUUUUGAAUCACAUCAUUGUCACAUUCCUUUGUUAAAACCCCUCAAUGUCACAUUCCUUUGUUGAAUCCCAUUAGUGUCACAUUCAUUUGGUGAAUCACGUUAGUAUCACAUCCAUUGAUUGAAUCAUAUCAUUGUCACAUUCAUUUUUUUAAUCACAUCAGUGUCAUAGUAAUUUAUUGAAUCACAUUAAUGUCACAUUCAUUUGUUGAAUCACAUCAAUAUUUUCAAAUGGUGUAGGAUCGUAGAAUCGCUCACAUGCCCUAUCACGCACUCACACACGCAGAGCGUGACACAUACAAUGCUCGUCGCAAACUUCUGGGCCAUAUUGGUGACAUAAUGAGAAUCAAAGCUGUAGAGAGAGAGAAAAUGAGGAUUAUGAAUGAAGAGAAGGUUGGAGUAAGAAGUGAGUUCAUUUUUUUUUCUGUUUGUUUUAAAAUAUCUUUUCAUAUAAUAUUAUCAUUUCUUGCUUGUUUCGACAUAACUUUUCAUAAUUUAUAAUUUCUCAAUUUUCCUCAAAUAUCUUUUCAUAUAAUAUUGUUUCUUGCUUUUGUUUUUGAUUUGAAAUAUCAUGAAAAGGAAAUGAUAUUCCUUAAAAACUCCCUUGGUGUUCAUGGCUGACUUUAUGGAAAGGUUCAUGAGUAGUUUUGGUUAAGACCUAAAACCUACUGUAAUUUAAAAUAAUAAUACUACGUUUAUUCCUGUACCUUUGGUGGUUGGCCUUUGACUUUAUGUUGUUGCACUCCACCUUUGGUGACCGGCCUUUGACCUUGUGUUGCUUUGCUCAACCUUUGGUAACCAACCUUUGACCCUGUGUAUGUUUGCAUGGCUUACCUCCUCCCCAAAGUUGGCUGCCUGGCUGUUUAUCUGACUGUUGAUGUUGCUUUUUGUGUGUGUGUGGGAAAAAAUAUUGAAAGCAGAAAACACAAAAUUUGUAACAAUUUAAAUAUUCUAAUUUUUGGGAAGUAAAACAACAAAAUAAUUUUCUAUGCAGUUUCCCCACCCAUUGAGUUGAAAGGUCAUGUUCAUUUGAUCUUUUACAAUGCUGCUCAAGUUUGGGUGGGGGGGGGGCACUAAAUAGGCCUAUGUCUGUAUUAUCUGGGCUCAUCAUCGGCUUCUAUGAGCAGGAAUACAUACAAUAUAAUAAACAGUUAACUACGUACUUAACAGCUGGUAGCAUUUUAAAGAGUUUAACCAAAAGAAUUAAAUCUUAAUUAAAUGGAACACUAGUCGAUUGACUUUGGGAAAAUUUGAGAAUUUUUUUUUUUAUUACCGGGUUUCUAAUUUUUAUUUUUAUUUUUAGAAUUUAUAAUGCAAAUAACUUAAAAACCUGUUAUUUUGGACACACAUUUUUUAAAAAUAGAACUUAUGAAUCUGUCUUGUAUAAGGUUCCUUCCCCUGUGUUGCCACUCAAUAGAUAACGAAAAAGCUACGUUUCUUCAAUUGUGAAAUGUCUUAAGAUACUAUUUAAAGGAGAUGCUUAUGAAAUGUUCAUUUGGUGUCACUAGGUCAAAGUGAUCAUCUAAGGUUUACCUGGUGUACUAACAAGGUCAAAGUGAUCAUCUAAAGUUCACCUGGUUUAACUAGUAAUUAGGUCAAAGUGAUCAUCAAAUGUUAAUUCACCUCCCUAGGUAUUCACAUGAUCAAAGGGCUUAAAGAAUAUUCAUUACUUUAUAUUAAAUAGGUCAACCUUCUGAUAGUAUAUCCAUAAAUUUAAAUAAAUUUGGUCAAAUUUUCUGAUAUAAUGUACAGCUAAUAUAAAACACAAGGUUAGGGUCAGAGGUUAGGGGUUAUGGUCAGGGUAAGGCAGAACCUGAAAGAAGAUCAAACAAAUUAUAAACAUGUUGGCAAAAAGCCUUCGUCAGUCAACACAAACAUCACAAAUAGACGCCCAAAAUAUUAACAGAAAGUUAUCUUAGGCUGUGUGUGUGAGAAAACUGUCAAUUGAUGAUCAUUUAUUAUUUACUAGGUCAGAGCGCAAGUUCCAAUUUUGUUUACAUUGGUGCCGGAGCUAAGGUGCCACCUGGUGUAAGGUCCAAGGGGAGUGCACAGACUCAAGUCAAGUUUGACCCAUCUGGUCAUCAGGGUGGCCAACCAGAAAGAGUAGUGACACCAACAAGGUCAGUUGCACACACAUUCAGAGUUUCCAUUUUAUGAGGUACUCUAAACUGCAAACGACAGUUGAUACCACCCCCCACUUUUUUUCCCCCCUUUCUCACAUGCCAAUCUCUCACAUGAAAAUAUUAGCUCAAAGACACCACCACCUUGAAGAAACAUGUUAAAAAGUAAAUUAGUAUUCUUUCAGUUCUUUACAGUAUUAUUAUUACACAAUAGAUCUGUAAGCAUUAUACAAUAGCUCAAUAUUCAAUACACAAUGACUCUAUAUUUAUUAAACAGUAUCUCUGUAGUUGUUAGGACCUACGUAAUAGCUCUAUAAUUGUUACUCCCCUUGUGAUCAUUUUUGCGAAGUGGGACCUUUUUGAGAAUGAUUUUUAUGAAUGUAAUAAUUGAAAAAUUUCAAUGUUUUUUGCACCAAUUAUUUGAAUGACAUUAAAAGAUUCAUUCAUCUUGCCUGAAAAGACAAACUUCAUUAGAUGUAGUGUACUAAUUGUUUUUGUAUAGAUUAAAAAAAAAUAUGUUUUUUAAAAUAAGAUAUACAAAAAUAAUAAUUUCAAACCAAAUUAUCCUUAGAUAAUUUAGUUUUACCACAGUACCAAAACCUGGUCAUGCUAAUGAAUAGACCUAGAUUUAUUACAUGUCACUAUUCACUUUUUGUAUGUUGUUACACACAAAUGAUGUUAGUUAUUUAAAUUUAAAUACCGGUACUAGAACAACUGUUACUGGCACUUCUACACAAAAUGAAAUCUUAAGUCCAACUUCACCCACUAAGCACUGUAUUCACACAGUAAAUAAUCCUAGGAACAAUAAUAAUAAUAAAAAUAAUAAUAAUAAUAUGAGCAUUAUCACAGGAUAGGCAUCUCUAAAAAUAUAUACAUAAAUAUAUAUAAUAUCACCUCUUUAGACAUUCAUUAGUUAAAUGUAAAACGUAUGUCAACCUUCUCAAAAAUGUCUGCCCUGUCUGUGUUUUUACUUCAGUCUCAUGGAAACUUCUCCCGCCAAUACAAUAAAUCCCUAACUUCACGCUUUUCUCAGAUAUAAUUCCACUUAGUCCCGUGUGCAAGAAUCAUGAGUGUCGUGUACAAAAGCAUGUAUUUCAUUACACAAUAGUUUUAGAUAAUUUCCAAAAAAGCCUUUUAUUUAUAACACAAUGGCUCUCUAUUUUAUUCAUAACACAAUGGCUCUCUAUUUUAUUCAUAACACAAUGGCUCUCUAUUUUAUUCAUAACACAACGGCUCUCUGUUUAACUUUGCUACACAAAGGAGUGAAACUAAUAUCACUUCAACCAGAAUUCAGUUUUCUUUUCAGUUUGGAGUGACAGUGUGUUGUUAUUUGAACAUAGGCCCUACUGACUGACAUAACAAGAAUGUUUAAUACUCAUGAUUACUUAAAUACUAAUAACAGUCAUUUCAUUCAAUUUGCUGUGUAAAUGUUUUAAUACCAGCUGGGUCGUGUGUCAGUUUCCUAUCAGAAAUCUGACAUUCAAUGUAAAAUUGAAACUUAAGCAUUUCCAGGGCAAAUUCCAAAAGUAUAGCAGACUACAUCUUAGAACAAUGAUAAUUGAAUAAAGUCCAACUUAAAACUAUUGGUGUGUUUUUGAUUGUUGCGGUAUUUUUAACUCUUUGUCAACCUUGCCAAUCGGGGGGGGGGGGGGGUGGGAAUCUUGUUUUCUUCUUAUCUGACUGACAGGACUCAGCGUAUUGUAGUGAAGCAGGCAUCUUCCAUGGAUAUUUCAUUUAACUGUGGUGUGCCACAGGGCUCAGUUUUAGGACCUAUUCUGUUCUCCAUGUAUACUAGCCAGCUCGGCAAAAUUAUUGAAAGUCAUGGUAUUUCCCGCAAAAUAUUUGCAGAUGACACAGAACUAUACAAGUGUUUCCGCCCUAAUCCCUUGGAGUGUGGUACUGUUGUUAAGGCUGUUGAGGACUGCUGUCUUGCUGUGAAAGAAUGGAUGUCAGCUAACAGACUAAAAUUAGAUGAUGAUAAGACUGAGGCAAUUAUUUGUGGUUCAGAAGCCAAUUUCUGGAAAGUUGCCAUUGCAUCAAUAAAAGUUGGUGAAUCAGAGAUCCCGUUGUCCUCAACUGUCAGAGACCUUGGCUUUUAUAUUGACAGUAAACUUAGUAUGAUUCCCCAUAUCAGUUCUGUGGUCAAGGCAUGCUUCUGUCAUCUGCGUGCCUUGAGUCAGCUGCAUCCUCAACUCAAUAGGAGAACAGCCAAUGCUGUAGCGAUAACUCUAAUCCAGUCAAGAUUAGAUUACUGUAAUAGUUGUUUGUGGGGUUUACCUCAGAACCAAAUUCAGAGACUCCAAAAGAUACAAAAUACUGCAGUACACAUUGUAUCCUGGAUGAAAAAAUCUGACCACAUCACCUCAGUUCUAUGAGAUCUCCAUUGGGUUCCUGUGAGUGAGCGCAUUAACUACAAAAUUCUGUCCCUGGCAUACAGCUGCAUAGAUGGCUCAGCACUGGAAUAUCUCAAAGAACUGAUUUAUAAAUGUGUAUCCUUGAAGCGCCUGCGGUCUUCAACACAGUACUUACUGAGAGUUCCUAGUGUGGAUGAAUACAGAAAAAAGUCUCAUGGAGUGCGCUCUUGAAGCGAUAGCGCCAAAAUUAUGGAACAGUUUGCCUCACUCUUUGAGGGGAAUUGUAAAUGAUAAAAAAUCAUUUACGAAACAUUUAGAAACUUUUUUGUUUAAAUAGAUUUCGAAAAACCAGACCUUAGUGAGCAUGCUAAAGUGGCAUGGAUACCAGCGCGAUAUAAAUAUCAAAAUCAAUCAAUCUAAACCUGGUUUUUUCCCCAUGAAUUCUUGCACAUGAUUUAGUUCAAAUAUAAGGUGAACUCUUGCAUGUUAUUUACUCCUCUUGCAUGUCAUUUAGUUCAAAUAUAAAGUGAACUCCUGCAUGUUAUUUAGUUCAAAUAGAUGAACUCUUGCAUGUCUUUUGCAAAUGAUACUAAUAGUGAAUUAAGUAAUGGUGAAAGAUACUAAUGGUGAUUAGUAUCAUUCACCAUUAGUGUCAUUCACCAUUAGUGUCAUUCACCAUUAGUAACAUUUACCUUUUAGAAUUAUCUUUAAAUUACUAUUUAUUUAUUGCUGUGAUUGAUUAACACCAUAACUAUUCUCAGAUAUUCUUUGUGUUUUGUUUUGUACUGCUAUGCUUGCAUAUUUUUAUAUUUGUUUUGUCUGUAAUGGAUUUAUUGACCAGGUCUGGCAUCAUUGUCAUGGAAGGUGUUGAUGCCCAGCAGAUUAAGAACUUGACCAGUCUGCGGUCAAAAGCCCCAGUGAGGUCAGCCUAUCAUAUAAAGUAGCCUAUCUGGUUACCAAUGCAAUCAGACUUAUUCAUUCUUGCUUGAUUGUAGCAAUGGUAGAUUUAAUACGGAUAUUAAUUUUUAAAAAAACAACACUUAUAUUGGAUUAGUCUUUCAUUCUUUUUAACUUAAUAUUUUAAACAUUUUAUUUAUUUAUUUUGAUUGUUUAUAACUUAUCUUAGCACCUCAUUUGGAAUAUCCACUUAUAGCUUACUUGUUGUUAUUUAAUAUUUCAUUUAGCCUACUAUUCAUUAUUUAAUAUUUCAUUUACCGGUAGCCUACUAUUUGUUAUUUAAUAUUUCAGUUAGUCUACUAUUUUUAUUUAAUAUUUCAGUUAGCCUACUAUUUGUUAUUUAAUAUUUCAGUUAGUCUACUAUUUUUAUUUAAUAUUUCAGUUAGCCUACUAUUUUUAUUUAAUAUGUAAGCCAGCCUGCUAUUUUUAAUAUUUCUUUUAUUUUUUGGUGUUUUUUUUUAAUGAAUGAUUCUUUUAGUUUUAGCUCAAUUUGGUAUGCAAAGUCAUGGAGAGUGGUGGCUUUGAUAGCUGGUGUUAGGAUUAUGUAGUUGGGGCAUGACACGGGAGUUAGGGUCAUGUGGUCAGGCAUGUGGCUGGGUGGGGCGGCUGGUCACUGAGUUUAGAGUCAUGAAGUGAGAGUUUGUUAGCUGGGGUUAAGGUAGUGUGGUCUUGUUAGCUAAGGCUAGGGCUAUGUAAUUGAGACUUGUUUGCUUGAAUAUUUAUUCCUUUAGUAUAUUUUCACUUAAAGUAAGAUUAUGCCUAGAUGACAAUAUGUAUAGCAGCCUUAGAAUGUAUACCUUUCCACUGCUGUGUCGUAGAUUAAUACCCAUACAUUCAUUUUCUGCUACAUUAACCCUUGUUGUCCUAGGCUAGUAUUUUCAUUCUCUGCUACCUUAACUCUUACUGAACUAGGUAGCCAUACCCUUGUUAACUUUAUUUUUAAUUUUAUGCCAAUAAAAUUAUAUUUAAAGCUUGACAUAAUGUACAAAUUCCAAACUUGGCUUUCCAAAAAAAAAAAGACUGGAUUUUUUAUAGUCCAUGAUAUCAAAGAUCUAAUUUCUUGAAAUAUGUAUUUGAUUUGUUUGGAAUGUGGAAAGUGGAAGCAGGGGGCAGAGCCGGAUUAACUUCUCUGAGGCCUGAUGCAAACAAGCCAGUUGGGGGGGGGGGGGGGGGUGUAUAUGACUUAGAAAUCUCACUAAUACUACUAAAUGAUUAAGAUCUUGGUAAAACAUAAUGACAUAAAUUUAAAGAGAGAAAUAUUUAUUACAAUGUUAGAUGACACAAUUUAGCUUUUCACGGAUUUGUUUAAAAUAAUUAAUAUUAAAAGCAAUGUGCAGUUGUAGGUGAGAUGAACAUUGAUGUAUCUAAAUGACAACAAUUUCACUCUCUCUAUUUCAAAUACUUCAUUAAAUAUUGUCAUAAUUUUUAUCAACCUGCUACAAAAAGGAGAAAAAUUAUUUUUUAUUAAUAGAGAAUGCCUUGCUCUAUGAUAAAUUUAAUAUAUUUAAUUAAUAUAGAAUGCCUUGUUCUAUAAUAAAUUUAAUAUAUUUUAUUUAUAGAGAACGCCUUGUUCCUUAAUAAAUUUGAAAUAUUUAAAUUAUAGAGAACGUCUUAUCUAUGAUAGAUUUAAUAUAUUUUAUUAUUUUUGUUCACAUCAUUAAAAAUGUAUUGAAAACUGACACUGUCAUUACAUAACUAAACAAUUUUCAGCCAAAUUUGUGGAACGGAAAGUCAUCCAUUAUGUAAAAAACUGUGCAUUUGUUAUGUCUGUAUCAAAUGUUUUUCAGAAAACCCCUGUUUAAGUACUGCUAUGAAUGUGGACGCUCUGUCGGUGUCCGUUUGGUGGCCUGCACUCGCUGCAAGGAGGUGUACUACUGCAGCAAAGCCUGCAAAAUGAAAGCAUGGAAUGCCAGGCACAAGGAUGAGUGCCUCAGAGUUGGAGGUAACUGUUUCCUGCAUUUAAAUGGAGGUGUUCAGAUGUGUAUCAAUGUGUGUCCACGAAUUUUGAUGUCAUAGAAACCAGCAUGAUGGUUCUGUACGAAAAAUUAGACUUUUUUUGCCGAGAUUGAGUCAUGACCUCUGAUUAAAUAUUUUUUUUAAGUUUAUUUUUUUUUGGCUUCUUAACGCCAAAAAAUAAUUUAGUUAACAAAUAUUUCACAAAAAUAAUGAUCUAAUAUAUAAUUAUAAUAUUCCACAACAACAAUUAUCUAAUACGCAAUUAAAAGAUUUCACAAAAGUGAAGAUCAUGUGGAAUCAUAAGUUUGAUUACUAUUUGUUUUUACUUCAGCAAAAAAAUAUAUAAUUCUAGACAAGGGUGAAAAAUCUUCAAUGAUUCAUGGUCUGAGUUAAUGGUGCCUGGGUAUACGGUGUGUAAGUUAAGGCUGUCUGGGUAUAGAGUGUCUGAGUUAAGGGUGUCUGGGUACAGGGUGUCUGGGUAUAAGGUAUCUGGAUAAAGGUUAUCUGGGUUUAAGGUGUCUGGGUAUAGGGUGUCCUGGUAUAGAGUGCAUCUGAGUUUAAGGUAUCUGGUUUUUAGUUAACACCAUAAUUAUACACCAUGUUUACUUUAACCAACUUAAAGCAGCUAUCUUUUCAGAUUUCAACGGCUGAUUUGGUGCUCUGUUGACUACUUUGUUAGGGCCUACUGUUGAUUUAUUACCAGGUUGACUACUUUAUUAAGGCCAUCUGUUGAUUUAGUACCAGGUUGACUACUUUGUUAAGGCCUAAUGUUGAUUUAGUACCAGGUUGACUACUUUGUUAAGGCCUACUGUUGAUUUAGUGCUAUGUUGACUACUUUUUUAGGACGCUCAAGAAGUCCAAGCCCUAAGCACAGAGGAGAAAGCGCCACCUCUACCACAGUUGCUGACAGGAACAAAAGAAUUUCAGGACCCCAAAAAAUUAACGUAAGUUUUUGAAACCUUGUUUAAGUGGGGAGAUCAAAAAGUUUAAUCAGUUUUGUUACCUGGAUUUUCACCUGAAGAGACAAACAUACCUGUGUGUGCUAACAAAGGCUUCUCAUGUGUGAAUGGAAGAAUGAAUGAAAUAUCUCAACCAGAUAAAUUAAUAUCCCUUGAUGAUGUGGACAUUUGGUUGCAUAUGAACCCAAUAUAUUUGGUGGAAUUUGAACCUAAGACAUGUGGUGGAACUGAAUCCAAGACAUUGGGUGGAAUAGAACGCAAUACAUUUGGUGGGACUGAACCAAGACAUUUAAUGGCAUUUGAACCCAAGGCAUUUGAUGGUAUUUGAAAUUAAGACAAUCUGUGGGAAUAAACCCCAAAAAUUGGUGGGAAUAAACCCAAGAAUUUGGGUGGGAUUUGAGCCCAAGACAUUUGGUGGGAUUUGAACCCAAGACAUUUGAUGGGAAUUAACCCAAGAUAUAUGGUGAGAUUUAAUCACAAGACAUUUGUUGACAUUUGAACUUUAGAUAACUGGUAGGAUUUGAAACCAAGACAUUUAGUGGCAUUUGAACCAAAGACCAAGACUGAUGCAAACAGAUUAUAUCAUCAAUCACCUGGACUUGGCGAUUAAUCUAAAAUUAACCUUUCUAUCAUGAAUCAGCUACACACGGAGCUUAAAUACACAUUUACUCAUUUACUUUCAAUGAAAAAACUAAAGCUGAACAAAUACUCAAGAAUGUUGAAUUUAUAACACUCUUUCCCUUCUGUUCAUUGUUUCCCUUCGGAUCAUUCUUUGGCCCCUGAUAUUGAUCCUUAAUAUUGACUGUGUCCAACAACACCAAGUUAUACUAUGCUUUACUGGCGGAUGAACGCUGGAACACUGAUGAACUCUAGCAACCCAAUCAUUCAAUGGACUAUCAACACACUCUUUAUAGCCUCUCUGGGAACCAACAAGAAGUAACAUGGUUACUACCCAUAUCUACACAUCACAUGUUUGUUAUUCUUCUCCUUUCUAACAAAUGACAUAACAUUACAUUACAUAAAUAAUGUGAAUGCCAUACUUUCAUUCUGCAUUAGUUUUGAACUUUUCUCAUCUGUUCAGUUUUUUCAACACUGUAUGGCCAUGUGGGGUCUACUGAAGCCCCUAUUCAUAUAAAAAACUGUUUUAAUGAUAUCAUUACGCUUUCCUUUUAGCAUACGUUCUGGGAUUUUAAAUUUUUUUUCAAGUGUUUUUUGUGUUUGUGUGUGUUGUUCAAAUAUCUUAACUUCUGAAGCAUGGAACCAUUGACAGGGCAAAGAUUCUGACAAAGGAUCAACCUAUUCAAGCUCUGCAUCAGUAAGACAUUCUUCUUACUUGAAAACUUUGGAUGGUAAUACAGAAGGAGAUGAGGUGGACCGACAAUGGGGCCGAGGUGAUGAGAAAAGCGACCAGAAAUUAGAGGAAGGAAAAACUGGGGACCACCAAAAACAAGAAAGGGUCAAAAUGGCAAAAAACAAAGUCGAGCGUAGCCCAUUGUUUGCUGGGAGAAAUGGCGAAAAUCUGCCUAAUCUGGCACACCAGAGUGCAGACCAUGGACCGGUCAGAAAUCAAAGUCAUCGAGGAAGUAAAGAGAACACAGAUAAGAAUCAUAAAAUUGGGAGACAAUUUACCAGAUUCCCAAAAAUAGUAGUUACGAAUAAAACACUACAGCGGGAUGUAAGUGUAAGGCGUUUGGUUUGUCGUUUUUGCUUUCACCUGCUGCUUAAUUUGCUUGCAUUGACUAAAGUUUGAGUGAAGCAAUAUUAAUACAACUCUUUGUACUGGUAGAUUGUUUAAUCGACAGAAGACCACUUCUAAUCACAGUAACCAGUGUUGCUCUGUUCAUUUUCUUCUCAUCACUUACUAGUUUUUGGGGCCAGAGUCUUAACAUUUUGCUGGGGAUAAAGGAUUUGUGAUUUUCGUUAAAAUGUUACAAAUAUGUGGACAAGUGUUGUUUUUUUUCUGCUUUACAGUAAUCAAAAUAAUUAUAACAAGUUUGUUUUGGACAGCUUUCAAAUAAUACUUUAAUUUAUUUGGGUAAAUAAUACUUUAUUUUAUUUUGUUUUUUAUCAUCCAAUCAUCAUCUAACAAAUAGUAGGGUCUGCAAAGCCGGCAAAGGGAUACAAUCAUUCAGAUGUUAUCAGUGCCUCCCCUUUGCAGGUGGCACCAAAUGUGGUUUGAUGAAAUACUACCAUUUGUUGAAUGACUUAUUCAUGCAACUUUUUUUUUCAUCUCCUUGUGUGCGUUUGUGGGUUGUUGUUUUUUUGGUCUCCCUCCCCCCCCUCCUCAGCCACUCCAAAUAUGUUAUUCAAUUUUUGGCACCGGUAUCUCAUUCAUUAUGGGGUAAGAAAUCUAAAUUGUUUAUUCCUUACGAUGCGUGUAAAAACUAAAUAUGAAUAACUAUAAAUGUAAAAAAUUGUGUUCAUUUUGAGACAACUAUUUUUUUGGGUUCCACUUUGAUGGGCCAUGUGUUGAUCAUAAUGGACUGGACUGAGAUAAUUAAUAUAAAAUUAAUACGUAGAAGGUGAUCAUCAAUAUUUUAUUAUUAUAAUUUUUUUCUUCUGUUUAACCAACAUCAUGUUUUCACCUAACAUGGUUGUGGUAGCUUACACUCAAUAUAGUUCACUGGUUUGAUAACAUUUUAUCUAUAUAAAAAACUCCUUAUGGUACCAUCCUUAUAGAGAGAUGUGCCAACAUUGCAUAAUAUGCAGCUAUGACACCAUGUCACUAUCACAAUGCCAAUGUCAACAUCACCAUGUCAAUGUCUAUAUCACUGUGCCAAUGUCACCACCCCUGUGCCAUUGUCAGCAUAUAAUAUGUCAACUAGUUUCUUGAAGAGGGUGUCAGCUGGAUGGUAAUUUGGUUGUGUUGUUAGGUCAGACCUAGGCUGAUAUGAAUGGAUGAUGUUGAGAGGGAUUUACAGCAGCUAUGAAUCCAAGCAUGGAAAAGAAAAGCAUCAAUUAGGUCAGAGUGGAAGGAUGUGGUGAGGCAGGCCAAAGUGCUUCAUAGGCUGUAGCGCCACAGGGAUGGAUGGAAGGUCUGAGUGGAAGGUUGUGGUGAGGCAGGCUAAAGUGGUACAUGGGCUGUAGUGCCACAGGGAUGGAUGGAAGGUCUGAGUGGAAGGUUGUGGUGAGGCAGGCUAAAGUGGUACAUGGGCUGUAGCGCCACAGGGAUGGAUGGAAGGUCUGAGUGGAAGGUUGUGGUGAGGCAGGCCAAAGUGCUUCAUAGGCUGUAGCGCCACAGGGAUGGAUGGAAGGUCUGAGUGGAAGGUUGUGGUGAGGCAGGCCAAAGUGGUACAUAGGCUGUAGCGCCACAGGGAUGGAUGGAAUGUCUGAGUGGAAGGUUGUGGUGAGGCAGGCCAAAGUGGUACAUAGGCUGUAGCGCCACAGGGAUGGAUGGAAUGUCUGAGUGGAAGGUUGUGGUGAAGCAGGCCAAAGUGCUUCAUGGGCUGUAGCGCCACAGGGAUGGAUGGAAGUUCUGAGUGUAAGGUUGUGGUGAGGCAGGCCAAAGUGGUACAUGGGCUGUAGCGCCACAGGGAUGGAUGGAAGGUCUGAGUGGAAGGUUGUGGUGAGGCAGGCCAAAGUGCUUCAUAGGCUGUAGCGCCACAGGGAUGGGUGGAAUGUCUGAGUGGAAGGUUGUGGUGAGGCAGGCCAAAGUGGUACAUGGUUUGUAGCGCCACAGGGAUGGAUGGAAUGUCUGAGUGGAAGGUUGUGGUGAGGCAGGCCAAAGUGGUACAUAGGCUGUAGCGCCACAGGGAUGGAUGGAAUGUCUGAGUGUAAGGUUGUGGUGAGGCAGGCCAAAGUGGUACAUGGUUUGUAGCGCCACAGGGAUGGAUGGAAGUUCUGAGUGGAAGGUUGUGGUGAGGCAGGCCAAAGUGGUACAUGGGCUGUAGCGCCACAGGGUUAGUGGAUUUAAAUUUUCAUUUCAAAAUUAAAAACUGUAUUUAAAUUCAGGGACUUCAUCACCACAUGAAGACUCUCCAACCUUGGGCCUCAAGAAGGUGGGUCGGGAGAGAAGGUAGGUUGGUAGAGAAGUUGGUUCAGGAGAGAAGGUGGGUCGGGAAAGAGAUCUCAUAAAAACAAUCUAGGUUACUGGGAUCCCUGCCAUUAGGGCUAAGUGUGUUUACUGGGAUCUCUGUCAUUUGGGUUAAAUGUGCUUACUGAGUUCCCUUCCAUUAGGGCCAAUAAGUGUGUUUACCGGGACCCUGCCCUUUGGGCUAAGUGUGUUUAACUGGUAUGUGUGUAUGCUUUAAGAUGGCGAUGUUUUAAUUAUAAGCCUUCCAAUUUUUCUUUAAGUUGUGGCUUGUCUUGCACAAGUGUAACUAGAUUUUCUGCACAAAAGUGUUGACAUCUUAUAGUUACUUACCCUUUUUUUUUUUACAAUCUUUUGUCUGCACAGAUAGCUGUUAAAGUUGUAAGAAACAAACAACUGAUCUAAACAAAAUAUAAUGAGAACCUAAAGCUGUGAUAAUAUAUUUUUGUUCCAUAUUCAGCAAUGUAAAAAACAUGCCAGUCAUGACAGAACCAAGACACAUCUGUCAAAGUUGACGGUGACAUUUAUGGAGACACAUUAACGUUCCCCCACCAACAAUAACAAAAACUCACCCUACACAAAGAAAGAUUAAAUAUAUUAUAUAGUAUAGCGGAAAUUAUUUUCAUGGUCAUUUUUUAAAAAAAUCUUGCUUAUUAUAGAUGUGUAUAGAACCUUUCCCAAUAUAGUAUAAUGAUAUCUUUAUUUCAACAAUUUUAUAAUUGUUUCCUGGCACCUUUUAAAAAUAUUACGAAAAAAAAAAAAAUUCUAAAUAUUUUACUUCACGCUCAAAAGGUUUUACCCACCCGAUAGACAAUGCUCUCUCACCUAUUGAGUUUGUUUAAUACCAUUUCACUUCUCUCUUUCAGGUACCAGUCAAGGGCCUAAGCAAAAGUGCAGAAGGGGAGAGAAAGCUGGCCAAGCAUCGGUUCCGUACAGGAAGUCCUCCGAACUACAAUUAUGUUUACAUAGACAACUACAGUCACAACUAAUGUCUGUUGGUAGAAUAGCACCUUUAGUAGGCCUAAACCACAACAGCUUGAUACAACUUUAGUCACAACUAAUCUCUGUCUUAUCAAUAGCACCUUUAGUAGGUAUACCAGGACAGCUGCAUAUGACUGUGGCUAUACAGCCAACAACAGCAACAGCAACAAUAGUGAAAGCUGUGGGCGAUAAUGAUAUCAUGCUUUAGGGUAUCUAUAAAAUUUAUUUCUUUAGUAUUUAUCAAAUGUAUUUCCGUGAUAUGAUACAGUGUGUUAAUGUAUUGUAUUUUGGAUAAAGACAUAAUGGCAAUGUCAUGGUUGAUGUUAGUUAGUAAAAGAGGAGUUAAACCUAAAAAGAUUUAAAAUAAGGUAUGUACGAUGGAUGUUUUUUUUAUGGUACCGUAACGUCUAAAAACGGUGACAUGGUUUUAUGCUAAAUGGCUAAAAAUUAGUACAAAUGUUUAAUGCUAUUAAAUGUCCAAAAAUUAGGACAGAGGUUUUAUGUUAAAUGUCCAAAAAUUGGGACAAGGGUCUCAUGAUACAUGACUGAUCUUUGGGGCAAGGGUCUUACGAUAAAGAUCAGAAGAUGUGACAUAAAUAGUAACCACAACAACUUUUCCCUCCACCCUUCUAAAACACAUGGAAUUACAUUUAGUUCCACAUGGUAGCAUUGGGGAGGCAACUUUCAAGUGAAGUGUAGGCCACUGUCAGGUGGAGGCCACUGUCAAGUGGAGGCCACUGUCAAGUGGAGGCCACUGUCAGGUGAAGGUUGCUGUCAAGUGAAGGCUGCUGUCAAGUUUUCUUUCAAAAUCAAAAGUAAUUUUAAAAAGAUUGAGAAUCACUGUUGGGGCUAACUAAUGCUCUGUUUUCCCCCCCCCCCCCUUAACCUAAAGACACCUAUGACAGAACAGCAGGGCCAUAAAUCAAAAGUAAUUUUAAAAAGAUUGGGAAUCCCUGUUGGGGCUAACUAAUGCUCUGUUUUCCCCCCCCCCCCUUAACCUAAAGACACCUAUGACAGAACAGCAGGGCCAGGAUGGCUAAAUCCUAUUUGGUUUCUUUCUAUAGAAAUAUUAGAAUACUGUAAAAUAAGGUCUGCUUAUUUGAUCAUAUUCAUGUCAAUUUUCUCUUAAAGUAAGAACUGUGUUAUGGAUAGUUGCAUCAUAUCUUGAUAUGUCCUAUGACAGAAGCUGAACUACUAGAUGACUGGUCUGAUUUAUGUGUAGAAUAACUGUAGCCACAAUGUAUAAAUACAUGAAUGGAGUACCUCUACGCAUGCGCACCUAUUGGGG